AUGGGUUUUGAUGAUCUCACUGCCAAGCCAGAAAUAGGUCAGUGUCUUCGUCGGCCUACAACGUGUCGAUUUGCAAUGCUGGGGCAGAAGCAGUUAUUCCCUUCAACUGAGUGGGCGGGCUUGCCCCUUAGAAACAAUGAAGAGGAUACCCACUCGUGGCAAGUUGUUGACGGCUUUGCAUCACCAAUGACAAAAGACAGGAUUGGUAGCAGUGGACUGGGAGAACGACUCGGGAGAAACCUCCGGCAGAACCGUAAACAGGCUCUGACCAUUGUUGCCGUUGGGGCACUUGCGGUAACUUUUGCGGUCCUCCGGUGUGCUGUUCAAGGGGGUCCGAAUAGGACGACGGGUGAUGAACUACGGUCUCUUAGUGGGGUUAAAGGGGUUGGCCCUAAGGCUGCUUGCUGGGAGGCAACAGGAAAUGAGUUUGAGGAACGAGGUUCGGGUGACCAAACACUCUUAGAACAGGACUUGGUCCGUCGAACAUCGAUUUUUUUGAACUCUUUAGUGACGAUUUUAAGGAACAACGAACCUGUGUUGGCUCGAAUUCCUGUGCAUACACGAAGUAAAAUUCUUUCCCUUCUUCUCACCCUUGUUGUGCAGGAGUUAGCGGCAUUAGCAUCGGUUUUAGGUGAGUCUUCAAGGGCUGCUUUAGUGUACACAGUUCGCGAGGUUGGUGUAAUAACACGCCGCCUGGGAACGACAAUUACUAGAAAGACAGGAGGCUUCUGUUCGCGCCGUCUUCAGCUUUACCUCAGCAGCGUUCUUCGGCGUCUCGAGCUGUCCGGGCCACAAGGUACCCAUAUGCCCCCACUCGAGCGACUUCAGAAGUUACAGGACCUCUUACAGUUGCAGGAAGAGAUGCUACUGAAUCUCAGCUUCGUAUUCGACCACCUGACCAGAGGAUUUUCCUCUGGGAAUGACGCCGAUAAUGAGACCUUGAUGGCAGCGAAAAAAAAACUUGGGGAUUUGCUACACACAAGGAAGCAACACAUAUUCACGAACCCUACACUCUCUCGUUGGCUGCUUGAAGACGAAAAUCAAAGCAAACGCUUCGCUGUUGCAACCCCGACGUAUCUCACGUUCCUUCAGAAGAGAACACCUCCAACUGUUGAGGAGAUGCUCAAGGAGUUGAAGACCCUUUCAUCCACAAGGCGCGACAACAUCAUAACCCAGCACGCUGCACCUGCCGAUGAGGCAGAGACUAACACAACCGAGCCUAGUGACUCGACUUUUGCUGAAGGAGAAUUGUCAGAAACUGGAGGGCCUUCAGUUCUUCUUGGGCUUCAAAUGGUUCAUGGACGCACUUUUCAAGAUCCACUCAUCAGUGGCCAAGCCCCCUUUUCAAGGCCAACGCCAGCUGUGUGGGGAGGUUGGGGGCGUGGCUCUGAGCGACAAGGCGCAGGCCUUCCACCAUUAGGAAACAACGGAGCCCUUCAUCUAUCUAUCGUGCACCAUGAUCAAGUAGCUUCAAGCUCUGCAGCGUUUCCCCUGUCCUCUGCCUCUGGGGGAUUCUCUCUUCACGCCGUGAGUAAUUCCUGCUCGAUCAUCUUCCUUGGCUUCCCCAUAGUUCUUUGUUCGUACUAUUACGCCACGCCAAAAGUGUUCUCGUCUUGUGUCCUGUUGCGGCUGCAGCUGUCUGCGCUCGAUUCACGCAUGGUCGAUAGAAGCCACAAUCCCCAAGAUCGUUUGGUGGGACCUUUCUUCGGCUCAGCAUUAGAAGGGGAAGUUCCCGUGUCAAGGGCACCAAAUCACCAGAACGGUGCAGAGGAAGGUACUUCUAACCCCUUCACUUUGCCAGACGUUUUCGAUUUUUUGAGAAGACAGCUUGGUAUGAAAACGCAGUAUAUUGGGCAUUGA